CAUUUAUUAGUCGAAGCUGCAAAAGCUGGCAGAUUACCACAAACAUUGCAAGAUGUUGAAAUCGGUACUAUUGUUCCUGGUUAUGUGAGAAAUAUUACAGAUUAUGCAGUUUUUAUAAGUUUCUUGGGCGGCUUUAGUGCGAAGGCUAUGAGACAUAUGAUUGCUGACCAUUAUGUUGCUAGUCCCGUCGGAAUAUUUUAUCCUAAUCAGUCUGUUAUAUGUCGCAUCGCAUCAGUUGACACCGAAAAUUCAAGGUGUGAGGUUUCAUUGAAACCUUCGGAAGUAAACAUAUCUUCUCUCCCAUUUAUUACCAAAGGAGAUUUUAUUAAAUCAUAUUUUUCGGAGAUGCGUGAAUGUAGACAUUUAUCAGUAAAAGAACAGAAAGUUCGGAUUGGCGAAUGUGUCGAAUUUCAGGUGAAAAAGCAAAUACCAAAACAAGAAAUACACAUUUUCAAAGCAAGAAUUCUUUUAAAGGAGGACGAGAACAUCAAGAUAACAGUGUCUAUUAAUGAGGAUCAUGCUGGAGGUUGUGAAAAUAUAGAGGAAGGUGUUAUACUGCGCGGAGUCGUUCUCGAUUUUGAUGCAAAGGGAAAGCUUGCAGAUAUAUCAAUGAGGUCUGAAUUGAUGAAUGAAAAUAAAAUAACUAGAGAGCAGAACGAUCAAGAGCCUGAAAGUGAUCGUGAUCCAUUCUUCUCGCAUAGAAAGGAGCUUAGGAAAAUAUCAAAAACUGGUAAAACCGUGGAUGCAAUAGUUGAGCUAGUAAAAGAAGAUUAUAUAAUUGUAUCUCUUCCAGAGCAAGGCAACACAAUAGCUUUCGCUGCUUCCAAAUAUUAUAAUGAUCGUUCACAGCCCUUCAUGAGAUAUAAGUUUGGGCAGAGAGCAAAAGCCCAAAUUACAUAUGUUCCUCGACAUAAGGAAGACGCCAAUUUUUCGAGUAGGCAUGGAUCGAUUGAUCGUGUCCUGGUGACACUGCAAUUUCCUACCGAACAACAAGAACGAUCACAUUUGACCAGUACUAAAACCCUUGAAGACUUUUCUCCGGGGGAAAAAAUUAAGGGUGCUGUUACGGCAGUCGAAAAUUAUGGAAUCUUCAUUAAAAUCAAUGACACAUCUAUCAGUGGAUUGUGUCAUAUAUCAAAAAUAUCAGACGAAUUUGUUAGAGAUUUGUCUUCAUUGUAUAAGGUUGGGCAACGCGUGACAGCGGUGAUCUUGGGUAUAGACCAUAAGGCCCAAAAGAUAUCUUUUGGCCUUAAAGAAUCAUGUUUUAAGGCUCACAAUUUGGAAUUAUCUGAUGAUUCUGACGCGGAGCAUGUGAUGGAGGUCCGAUUUCAAAUCAUGUGUUAUGUAUUCCUCAAGAAAUUAUUAGUCACUCAUUGUUAUUUUGAUAAAACUUCCUUUUUAGAUCGACGAAGACGAUAA